AUGCCUCCUUCGUCUCUCUUCUCCGCAGCCGUGCUCCUCCUCCUCUUCCUCCCCCACUCCGGCAACCUCACGGUGUCCCUUACAGAACCCAACUUCUCGCCCUUUCCUGGCUGUGAAGGCACUUUCUCCUGUGGCAACAUUCACAACCUUGAUUACCCUUUCACUGGCGGUGAUCGACCGGAUCACUGUGGUCCACCUGAGUUCCGACUUACUUGCUCUAAAGACGACUACCCCGAGUUGGUUGCUGACUCAGUUGCUUACCGGGUUCUUGAAGCCAACUUGACCGGAAAAAGCCUCGUACUAGCUCGGUCGGACUUGUGGAACAAUCCAUGUCCUAAUAGGAUUUUCAAUUCGACUCUUGAUUCCAGAAUUUUUUAUGCUGGCGGCGAAGAGAAUGUUGAUCUCACGAUAUUCUUUGGGUGUAGCUUGUCUCUUAUGGCCACCCAACAGCCAUACAGAUUUUAUUGUGACGUAGAUGGGGUGGAUCUUACGGAUUCCUACUUUUUCAUCGGGAAGGUUCCUAUUGAUCCGAUAUUAAAGAUGAUACACUGCUUUAAAGGAGUUAGGAUUCCGUUACUGAGAACUGUUGGUGAUGACCUCAAUCGGAGCAUAUUGACUCUUGCGGAGGCUCUGACUCGGGGUUUUCAGGUCAUCUACAGUGAUCCAUACAAUGAGCAGUGUUCGGAGUGUAGCAGGUUGAAUGGACAAUGUGGAUUUAACGUUGCUACAGGUCAAUUCGUUUGCAUCUGCAACAGUAGGAUAUGUAGCCCACCAGGGAGCUCAAAGAAUCGGUCUCUGACUAUAAUCCUUCCAACCAUUGGAGCGAUUCUUGUUGGUAUUGGCAUCGGAUUUGGAAUCUUUGUUCGUAGACAAAGGAGGAAAAGGCGGACUAUAACUCAAACCGAGAGCAAAGCCAUUCUGACUACUAUUUCAAGCAAAGGACUUACUAGUAACACUCGAUCUAAUUUCACUUCCAGCAUCCCUUCGUAUCCUUCAUCAAAAACAACUAAAGAUUUCGGAAAAUCCUCCUAUUUUGGAGCUCAGGUUUUUAGCUAUGAGGAACUAGAAGUAGCUACCGAUAACUUCGAUGAUUCAAGAGAACUUGGGGAUGGUGGAUAUGGAACUGUGUAUCACGGUAAGCUUCUUGACGGUCGAGAAGUUGCUGUCAAGCGUUUAUACGAGAAUAAUUUCAGGCGGGUGGAGCAAUUCAUGAACGAAGUUGAGAUCUUGACAAGCUUAGAUCACGAAAACCUGGUGAAAUUAUAUGGGUGCACAUCAAAACGGAGCAGAGAACUACUCCUAGUUUAUGAAUACAUUCCCAAUGGCACAGUAGCUGAUCAUCUUCAUGGAAAACUAGUAAACUCAAACUCGGGUAUGUUUACAUGGGGUGUUCGCCUAAAUAUUGCCAUAGAAACAGCCGAGGCACUAGCCUAUCUCCACGAGUCUGACAUAAUUCACCGAGAUGUGAAAACCAACAACAUUCUCCUCGAUAAGAGUUUCCGAGUCAAAGUUGCUGAUUUCGGGUUAUCAAGAUUGUUCCCAACCAAUUGCACACACGUUUCCACCGCUCCACAAGGGACGCCGGGUUAUGUUGAUCCUGCGUACUAUCUCUGCUACCGGUUGACCGACAAGAGUGAUGUUUACAGCUUCGGGGUGGUCUUGAUCGAGCUCAUUUCUUCAUUACAAGCCGUUGACACGAACAGACACAGGCUCGACAUAAACUUGGCGGCAAUGGCUAUCAACAAGAUACAAAACCAUAUGUUGAAUGAGUUGGUUGAUAAGAGCAUUGGGUUUGAGACCGAUGAUUUCGUGAGGAGGACAGCCACUUUGGUGGCGGAGUUGGCUUUCCGGUGUCUGCAACAGGAGGGGGAUAUGAGGCCGACGAUGAAAGAAGUGGUGGAGAUUUUAAGAGGGAUAGAGAACGAUGAGUGGAACAUUCAGAAACCGGAGGUGCUUGACAUUGUGGUGGACGACGGUGGACUGUUUAAGGAUCAGAACACAGAACCACCAUCACCGGAUUAUGGGGUUACUAACAGAUUGGUUGAUGAUUCUAUAACGAAUUCUUCUGAUGGUUGAUUCGAGUUCGUUGCAUCUAAGUCGGGUUUGUUUCAACUUGGUUAUGUGGUGCGUCUCGACUACGAUAACUCAUGACAGCAAGUUCUAAGGGGAAUGUAGAUAACAGAGUUUUAGAGCUACCAAAAUCUUGAUCGUCUGUUUUCAAGUUGUAAUUUUAGUUGUGAAGCUUAAUCAGAGAACCCUUUUGUGGGGUGCAUAUGUUUGGGUGCACUUGCCUUUUAAUUUGUUGGUCUCAAUAAAAUUGCAGCAAUUUCCAGCUUAAA